AUGAUGAAGAAUCAGCUGCAAAUUGGGCUUUUGUUCUGUUUGGCCAUCUCGAGAUGCUCCGGGUUUUCCUCACAGUCACAAGUGCCUCAGUUUUCUCAAACGACAACCCCACGGGCCUUAUCGUCAGCUCCCACUACUCUGUCAACAACAAGAAGAAGCAACAACCACCGCCUCUGGAUGACGACAAGUUUGGUGUCCAUGGAGAAUAAUAACGAAGAGGGUUUUACCACAGCCAUGGCAGCCUCGACGGAAAGUGAGCAAGAAGACGACAACGAUGCCUCCUUGCGUGGAUACAUGAGAAAAGUCACGGGAUUUUCCUUGACGGCCUUUCGUGCCACAAUGCGAGCGGCGACAGGGAUUUCCUUGACGGCAGUCUAUGCCAGCACAUUGGCGUUUACCAGUGCCGCUGUGAGAAAAGUCAUGGCAGCCAUGCUUUCGCCAUUGCCACCAUCGUUUCGAUAUUUCUUGCAACCGCUAUUGAUCCUAUACUAUGCGCCACUCUUUGUGCUGCGGAGUUUGGCCGGACCCACCGGAAAGGAAGCACGAGAAACACACGAAGUAUUUGUGGACAGUUUCAAGGCAGCUGUGGAUGCUGCGGAAAUGAAAGUGGAGGGAUACUGGCCACCAAAUGACGAGGAUGCCUCUUCUCAACAAUCUACACCAGUUGAUGAAUAA